UCUUUAUCUGAAGUCUAUCAUCCAUCCGUUCAUCUCGAGGAGGAGACCGGCGCGUGGGAUUUGGGCCGCGACCCAUCGGUUUGAUCGAACUGAGGCCUCCUCCAUCAGUCCACCAGGCUACCGUCCUGCAACAUGGGCUGGGCCCAUUUCACCAGCAGUACCACCCCUGUCCAGGGCCGUCGAUGUCACCGAUGAUGAUGACGCCGCCGGCCGCGUGAGUUGAGUAUUGCCCGCCGGCAGCGGCCCCAGGACAGUUGGCUGGCGAUGACGGAGGAGGAGAGCGGGGCGCGGCGGUGGCUCGUCGACAUCGCCCGCUGGCGCCCCUCCCCCGCCCAAUUCGACGCUGCAGCCGCCCUCCUGCCGCCGCACGAGCGCCCCGCCAUCUCCAGGUUUGUGAAAGAAGAUGACAGGAAGCGGGCGCUUGUCAGUCGCCUGCUGCAGUACUCGCUCGUGCACCACGUCCUCCGCAUUCCGUUUCACCAGAUCAGCAUAUGCCGCACACCUGAGGGGAAACCGUACCUGAACAAUUGUUCAACCUUCCCAAACUUCAACUUCAACACCUCGCAUCAGGGAGACUACGUCGGCAUAGCGUCUGAGCUGAUUUGCCUUGUUGGCCUGGACAUUGUAUCCAUCUCCAAGCCCCAGGGAGAAACCACCACGGAGUUCAUCAGCAACUUCUCUUCAUAUCUCACUGACCAUGAAUGGGACUGCAUUGUUCACGAUGCCACUCCCAGUGAAGUGCUCACAGAGUUCUACAGGUACUGGUGUCUCAAAGAAGCUUUUGUUAAAGCAAUAGGUGCUGGCGUUGGAUUUGGGUUGCAUAGACUGGAAUUCCACCAUGAACACUGGACUAAUAUUUCUAUCCAUGUUGAUGGAGAAUUGUCUAAGAAAUGGAGAUUCUGGAUUUUCAAGCUUGAUGAAAUGCAUUUGGCAUCUAUAGCCAAAGGGCAUCCAGAGGAUGCUGUAAGCAGCUACAAGAAAACAUUGUCUAAUGCAAACGUUGUGGAGGAACAAUUACAUUCUACACUGGGAAGUUCAGAAGAAGCUUUCACUUUCUGGACAGUGGAACAGCUUACACAAUCACUGGAGUAGCAGCCUAACUGGUAUCAGGCAUUCUUGGAAUCACAUGUCGAACUGCAGGCACGCUUGGCACUAUUUAAAGCAGCAGGAACCUCUGGUUGACUCGAUGUAGUUCUGAUGUUUGCAAAUA